CAAUGUCGUCGCUGGUGGAAGGAUCACUUCCCGAGGCGAAGAGCGCGGGGAGGCGGAGGUACGACCCCCGAUGUUUGCAACAAUGGCAGUGUUUGAAGGCGACAGGCGGCCCUAUGAGGCACUUGCUGGCCAGGGAUUUGAUUCGCCAACAGCUUUGGGAGUUUCUGUUGGAGGAACUUCCAGUGUUCACCGCGACCAGCUCGGUUUGUUUGUCCAAAGAUGGACGUCAGGCAAUACGAGUGGAGAAGCCGGACUGCCCCUUGCAUUGGAUGCAUCGCAUGAUGGCUCCAGAGGCUCCCCUCGUGGCGCUACGCAUGCGCCCGGUUCAGCACUACGGCGUCACAGAGAAUUGGGCCGAGUUGGUCGUGGAGACGGUCUGUGGUGACCGCUGCACCAGCAUCCUGUUGGGCGUUUGCCCGGCCUGCCCGGACUUGUCCUCCGGGCCGCCGGCGGGGCGAGGCUACUUCGUGUCACUGGCGGAGAUUCCAGAUUGUAUCAGUGGUGUGCCUUACUGCACCACUUCCGCGCGUUUUACUCAAGGGACACGCAUCGCAGCACUGAUUACAGGCGAUGGAAGUUUACAACUCCUGCGUGACGGGAUGGUGAUCGGCACGGAGCAGCAUUUAUUUUCCAAGGAAGCUCUGAAGAACUCCGAUUUCCACCUCAUCUGCGACCUGACCUUCGACGUCAGCGGGGUCAGCGUGGGCACCAGACCUCCCGGGCAGCCCGGCAUCCUGCAACAGAGUUUGCGCUGGUUUCGGAGGUUCGUGAAGCAAAUUCCACAAUGCAAUUCCCGGGCGCGCAAAUAGUCCGGCUGCCGUGGUGACCAGCGGCCAUGGGCCAGAUUUUUAGGUGGC